AUGGAGCCGAACGUUAGCCGGGAGCUGCCGAAGCGAAAUCUGAUGCGGGGCACGUCUGCAGCACAGGCCCUGGCCUGGGGGGGCCAUGCCUUUGCAGAAGACUUCCGGGAAGAGACCCCCGGCUCAUGGGAGGUCGACCACGCCGACAUCUUUAUCAGCCAUUCCUGGAGUGCUGGACGAUGGGCAAAGACCUUGGCGCUGUGCUACGACUUGAACUUUUCCUUGGCUAUACAGGUGUCGAUCUUGAGCUUCCUUGCAAACUCCUGUCUCCUUCUUCUGUAUGCUGGUGGUUUCUCGAUCGCCAGCAUCGACGCGCUCGCAGGCAAUCCAUGGUUGCUGCCCUUGACCGUCGACGUGCCAAUGGCUGCUUUCUUCUUCGUGUUCGCCUACGGCCACUACUGCAAAUGUUGGGCGAGACAGAUACUAUGGCUGGACAAGAUUUGCAUCUCACAGACGGACGUGCAAUGCAAAGCAGAAGCUGUAGCUGCACUUCCGGACUUUGUCAAGCGAUCUUCUCGCAUGCUGAUCCUUUGGGAUGAGACUUACUUUGAGAGGUUAUGGUGUAAUGUAGAAAUUGCCGUGUUCCUCAAGAGCCAUCCGGAUCCAAACACAAUUCGGAUGAUACCUCUUUGGCUUUCUCCUUGGCUGCUUUGCAGCCUUCUCCUAGAGUGGGUGUGUGCGCGCUACACCGUUCCGCUGAUGUUCAUGCUGCUUGCAGAGUGGUCCUUUGUGGCCGCAGCCCCGCCACAGUCACGACUCGACUGGGUUCUUCGCAAUGUAAUCUUCUGUCUCACUAGCACAGUUGCUCAUCUCCCUUCAGCUCUGCUCGCGACGCUGUCCUUCACUCUGAAGCUUCGCCAGCACGGCCGAUUGUUGGAUCAGCUUCGAGACUUCGACGUUCGGGCUUCAAAGUGCACUGUGGAGAGCGAUCGCCCUAUGCUGGAGGCAGAGAUAGCCAGCUUGCACAAGGAGCAGAAAAUGUCCGUUGAAGACGUGCCUUUGCUCUUCAGAUCCUCCGGCGUGGACGUGCAUCAGGAGGAGUGCCUCGAUCUCUUUAGCUCGUAUGUUCGUAGGCAGCUGCACGAUCAGAUCGUGGAAGAAUUGGGGAACCGAACGGAGUUGCCUUUUGGUCUCUGCAUCCUGGUGUAUAUGCCUAUGCACUUUUUCAACUUUGCGGAGUCAUUUUUGGCAUGUGAAGGAUACGGUUGUGAAGGUGCACUGCAGUACUUCGGCUAUCAGUCUGUCCAGCAGCUUUUUAUCUUCGAUGCGGUCAUUUACUUUAUCAUGAUGGUCACAACGCUCCCCAUGACAUUUCCGUGUCUGUUGAAGAUGCUUGACUUCAGUCACCUGGUCCCAGGUGGUGCAGUCGUCCGGGCUUUCUUGGCGCUGGCAAGCGGUCUGUUUUCAUAUGCUUAUGCCUUCUGUAUGGGUGGUCUUGUCGGAGGUUGCCUCAUUGGCUUAAUGGUGAAAGGCCUCUCUGCGUGCUGGCUAUCAUUUUUUGUGGGUAUCCUCGGAUUCCUGCUUGUACAAUGUCUGACAGUUUUCUGCGCAAAGUCGGCCUGGUCCAGCUGCAAUGUUGGUAAACUGGCGGUCAGAUGCCUUGGACGCACAUCCUAA